UCGUGGUUUCCUGUAGUCUUCUACUUCUCGUUUUGCAUUUAGUUGGAGAAUCGAGUGGUCUGCGCUUGACAAGCAUGAACGCCCCACCGGUAGCCGAUCUACGUGAUGGUAUGGAACUUGACUGCCACUUCGACAUGGGCACCGAAGAUUUAUAUGCCGUCAAGUGGUAUAAGGACGACCACGAGUUUUUCAGAUACAUGCCACACCGUCGGCCAAACACGAUGCUAUUCCCCGUAGCAGGGAUUCAUUUGGAACCCUCUGGGACGGACUGCAGACAGAACCGCUGCAAGAUAAGACUCGAAAAUCUCUCGAGAGCCUACAGCGGAGGGGCUUAUAGAUGCGAGAUAUCCAGCGAAGCUCCUGCAUUUCGACUAGCAUCGGAAACUCAUAACGUGAUAGUUGCCG